UACUAUUUGAGAAAUCAUGACCGAAUGCGAUGCGAGCGCCGAGCAGUGAGCAAUGCCAGAUCUGGAGUGGUACACCGCGCCGAGCAGUGAGCAAUCCCCGAACCCGACACGGCUCGGCCUGCCGGCUGCCCCGAGCCCCCGAAGUCCGGUUCGGCUCGGCCGUUCCCCUCCCAUUCUUCUCGUACGCGAUCGAUUGCGAGUUGCGCCCCUCGCCCUCGCCCCCCACUCGCCCAGUCCCUCGCAGGCGCACCACCGAAACUGCUCCGCCUCCACGCCCGCUCGCACUGACCACGGCGAUGGCCGCCGCCGCCCUCCGCUCCUCCGCGCGCCGGCUCCUGCGCCUCGCCCCGGCAGCCUCGUCGGCUCUGUCCGCUGGUUCCCGGCCCACCGCCGGGGCUGCGCCGCUCACGCGCCCCAUCGCCGCGCUCUCAGGUGGCAACAAUCCUAUCUCAUGGAAACUGAGACGGUUCUACAGUUCAAAUGAAAAACACUUGCCCGCAAUAUCUGAUCCAGAAAUAGAAUCUGCAUUUAAGGAUUUGUUGGCUGCUAGUUGGAAUGAACUUCCAGAUUCUCUUGUAGCGGAAGCAAAGAAAGCAGCAUCUAAAGCCACCGAUGAUAGUGCUGGUCAAGAGGCUUUGAAAAAUGUAUUUCGUGCAGCUGAGGCAUGUGAAGAAUUUAGUGGAACUUUGGUUACCCUAAGAAUGGCUCUUGAUGAUCUUUGUGGCCUGACUGGCGAAAAUGUGGGUCCCUUACCUGGUUAUAUUGAAGAUGCUGUUAAAGCUGCAUAUAAUCGCUACAUGACAUAUCUGGAGUCCUUUGGUCCUGAGGAAAACUAUCUAAGAAAGAAGGUGGAGACUGAGUUGGGGACAAAAAUGAUACACCUCAAAAUGCGAUGCAGUGGCAUAGGUUCUGAGUGGGGAAAGAUCUCCCUGAUUGGCACCUCAGGGAUCUCAGGUUCCUAUGUUGAGCUAAGGGCAUGAUGGGACGUCUGCAGGUAACCAUGGAAAUCAUCGAUGAGCUGAGGAAGUCUGUAGAUCAGAAUAUGCCAGUACUGCAUUUUCCUUUCCCCUUUCUAGCUAGCAUGGCAAUAACAAUGAGAUCAUCAAACAGCGGCGCGGUUUAAGGAACUUCAGAUACUCCCGGCCCUUGUGUCUGUGUCUUUGUCUGUAAUAAGAACGUGUAUAUGCGUGAAACCUAUCAGUUCUGUUAUUUUUUGGCAUGCGCCUGACUUCUUGUUCAACUGGUGUGAGUUGUAUGCUUUGUUCAUGAAGCACUGAUCAAUGAUCAUAUGCCUUCGCCCGCAACAGAACUUCCUUCAGCACUGCAAAAAUACAGUGACCUGCCAUUUUUUUAUGAAAGGGUUUAAC